AGCUUCAAAGGGUCACCUCUUAUGCGAUCUUUUGUGAGAAGAUUUACGCUAUUCGAAAAAAUAUAAGGCGCGAAGGCAUGAUAUUUUUAGUGUUUUCUCAAAAAAUAACUCGAAUAAACAAGAAAAAUUGAGUUAAUUGGCCAAAUUUUUUCUUGCAAAAAAAGAAGCAUUGCACAUGACGAGUACUUUUUUGACGAGAAAUUAAUAAAAGUUGUUUUUCGAAAAAAAUGUAGACGCAAUAUGUGAAAGAUUUCACUUUCUCGAUAAAAAUUAUGACGCAAUACCUAAUACAUUACACCUUGUCGAAAAAACAUUUAAUGCAUUACCCUAAUACAUUUCAUUUGAUGAAAAAAUGUUUUCACAAUGCUUAAAGUGUAGUCCGCUUUUCGUUAUAUUUUUGUCGACAUCAUCUUACCUUGUCACACAAUAGUGACAUUCAGGCAUAUUUUACUACAGAAGGCAGCAUAUUUAUCGAAGUCAUGGAGAAAGUUUUAACAGUAUUGGUAUGUUAUUAUUGUCAUUAUUAUCAUUAAUAUUACUAUUAUUAGUAGCACUAGCAGUAGAAGGAGUGGCGGCGAUAGUUGUAGCAUCAGAGAAGAAGCAGCAGCAGCAAAAGCAGCUUGUUACUGUAGAAGUAGUAGCAGUCGUAGUAGGUACUUGUAGAGGUACACGCUUUAAUAGAUUCAUUUAUUCAGCUUUUCGUGUAGCUUAAUGUAUAGUCUGUGGUUAACAGACACUUUUCGUCCGUUGUCCAUCGUCUGUAAACAACGUUGACGUUACCCCUCUAGCGUUUUCAUUUUUGCUUUGAUUUUGACCAGAAGUUGUAUCUUAAUGUAAGCUAGAUCAAGAUAGAAAAUGGGUUAUUUCGGGUGAAAUUCAGGGUAACAGUGACUUAAGAAAUAACAAAAAUGAUAAAAAAUAGCAAUUUGGCACACAAUCCAAACACCAUAUGCAUUAGGGGUACGGAACCUAUGCUAUAAUAACCACCAAUAGGUAAUCUUGGAAACAUGUCAUUUUGGUCUGGCUUGCUUUUUGACUAUUUGAGUAAUCUGCCAUUGAAGUGGUAAAAAUGGCUCAAAAUUUUAUUUUGAGCUUCUAGUCACUCUAGUGUUGUUAUUGUUUCUACACACCUUUACAAAUGGCCAAAAUAUUUAUGAACAUGAGUCCUAGGAAUAUCGGAAAAAGAACAACCUGGGGUGGUUGUCUCGAAAAAUUAUCGUAUCGUAAAGUUGUGACAAAACUUACGAUAUUGCUACGAUAUAACUAAGAUGUCCUUAUUUCUUCCUUAUUUUGGAAGAGCACCUUAACAAUCUCGUUUCUCAAACGUUAUUUACGACAUCGUAUAUGCAAAGGUGACUUUGUGUAGUUCAAACAUAGCACGGUUUUCAUAUUGAUGCAUAGAUUUUUUGUAGUAUUUCACAUCAUAGUUGAAAUUAGUUCAGAAAAAAAUGGCGGAAUCAAGAAAAAGGAGACCAAACUUUUCUACAAAUGAACUUGAGGUUCUUGCAAGAGAGGUGAGUGAGAGCAAAUCACUUCUUUUCAGCAAAUUUUCUGACAUUAUCACAAAUGAAAAGAAAACAAAAAAAUGGGUUCAAAUAACAGCAAAAAUUAAUUCAGUUUCGUCCUGUGAAAGAAGUUGCACAGAAGUAAGAAAGAAGUGGAGUGAUUGGUCAUCCGCUAUUAAAUCUAAGGGAGCUAAAAUAAAGCAAAGUCAACAAAGGACUGGUGGCGUGAGCAGAGACACAUCCCCGUUAAGUCCUUUAACACCAACUGCAUGUAACGCCUUGACAGAGGGUGCUCAUAGCGACAUUAUAGAUUUGGAGCGGGAGAAAUUGGUAAUAAAGAGGCAACGUCUUGAGAUUGAACAAAUCAGGCUCGACAUAGAACGGGAGCGCUUAGGUGUUGAGAAAGACAUUUUAGCAUCUUUAACUGACCUUCUUUCUCGUCUUCGAGGAAAUCAUCAAGAACAGACUGGAGAAGAGGAAUCCACAUUUUACAUGAACCUGUAAUGUUUGGUAUCUUUAUGUGUAAAUACUGUCUGUAGUUUUAACUAUUUUCUCACAUUAAAAAUUAUAUAUUGCAUAAUCAUGGAAAGCAAAUCAUUUUUUAUUUAAUGCAUGAAACGUGAAAAAAAUAGCAAUUUUAACUGCGCGUUAUACAAACGCACUUAAAUAUGACGGAUGUUCGAACGUUGCUGCACAAACACAAGUAUUUCAAGUUAAUUGUCACUAUUGCGGUGAAAUAUUUUUUACCUAUUUAAGAAAAAAAAAGAUAUUUGAAUUGAUAUGAAAAAAUGCCAUAAAAACAAAACUAACAAUUACUAGUAUUUUUCAUAUAAAUUAAAGUUAAUGGAAUCAUGAAAAUUAAAGCGCACGCCAAGUCAAGUUCGACAAAGCUAUUUUAGUCAUCGUUUGAGUGACGGCAUGUGAGUGAUAUUGAUUUUAUUUCACUGAUAAAAAUCAGUAGUUAUCAUUUAAUAAAUACAACAUAUUUUUCUUCAAUUUAAUGCCUAAAAAGUGUACGUACGUACGUAUAGAAAAUUACGUCAGACGUUCAACGGCUGCG